AUGGCCAGUCCCAGAAAUCACCGAGAAUCAGACGGAGCGUUCAAACUUUUCCUCGGACAGACCACGACGCGCGCGAUGGAACGCAAGGACGAGACUCGGGUCAAGGGCUUCGACCUGCCCCCCGGCGCUGGCAGGGGGACCGACGAUAAGGGUCACGUGACCCUCACCGUCGACGGCCUCGAGUGGCAGCUCCGCGGCGCGCCGCCGUGGGUCCGCGUCACCGCGCGAUGGUGGGGCGACGAGCUCAGCGAUAAGCGACAGCGGCCGUGGGCCAAGCUGGUGGACGGGCCGGGGGGAUCGGCGUCGAUGACGUUCCCGGUCAAGGCCAAACCCGCGGGUUUCUCGCGAUACUGCCGCGACGCGAGGGCGGUCGUGCUCGAGUUUUCCGACGGGCGCACCGCGAGGCACAUCGCCAGCGCCGACGUCGACGUCUCGCGCCUCGACGUCCACCGACCCGUCACUCGGCACGAGGUGGUCCUCGCCACCAAAGCCGGCGGCGUCUUGGGCACGGUCCACGCGGAGUGCGCGCUGGAUUACGUCACCGGCGCGGUGUCGUCGUUCGAGCUCAACGAGCACCUCAGCAGGAUGGACGAUACCCUCCCCUUGGCGCCCCCGCCGUCGAUACGAGCGCCGGAGGCGGCGCGGAGAAGGGAUGGGGAUGGCGGCGGCGGCGGACGAAAGGGAGGGAGGGACGCGCCGCCGUUUGAAACGGUCGCCACGCGCGGCGCCGUCGAGCUCGAGCCCGCGCGGUGGAAAGCCCAUCCCGGGACGGAUACACGCGACGGUCCACAUCCCCCACAUCCAUCCGGGAAGGAGAACCGCGCGGUGGACACGGAAGGAGGACGGCAUCGCGCGUUGGCGGACGCGAGGGAGGCGAGGAAGAAAAAGUCAAACGCGGCGACGUCCAAACCGGCUUCCGGAAGGGACCGAACGACGACGCCGGCUCCGCGAGAUGGCGUCCUCGAGAUGGCGGAGCGGCUCAGGGCCGAGAUGGACGAGGCCCUGGACGCCGCCGCCGCGGGCGGCGACGACCCUUUGGCGACGGCACCCGCCGAUUUCUCCAAAUACGUCGCGGCGACGGCUUCCGAUUCGCUGACGUCGUGGUGGCGAGAAUCCGCGGAGACCGACCGACCGAACGAUUCGACGCCGCGUACCUCCGCGUCCCUCACCGCGUCCACCGCGCGGAGGUUCAUGCCCCCGGACGAAGACGACGACGCCGCGCUCGUGGCGGACCAGGCGCUCCUCGACGAGCUCUUCCGCCAGGGCAUCCGCGACGACGUUAACGACGACGACGACGUCGACGACAAAAACGACGAUGACGCGUUCGCCGCGAGCUCCGCCGUCGGCGCGCUCGCGCUCGAGACGGACUCCGCGGAGCUCGAGGCGGACCUGGCGGAGGCGCGCGCGGCGACGGACGCGGGCGACGGCGGCUUCCGCGGCGACGACGCCACCCACCGCGUCGCCAAGUCGCGACUCCAAAACGGCCCCGAGUUGGAGCUGAGGCUCACAGCGCACGCGGGCUUGGUCCGCGCGCUGGAACGGUCCGUCGCGCUCGACGAAGACGGAAGAGCGGUGGGAGACGACGCCGGUGACGCCCCCGGGGGGUUCGAGCCGCUCGUGGCGAUCCUCAAGGCUGGGUUCGCGCCCGGGAGGGAGCUGGGGCGGGUGUCGCUGGACCGGUCGGGUUCGAGGGGCGCGGGGGAGGUGAGGGUGCGCCUGCCCCGCGACGUCGCCGCGGCGGCGGUGACGCGCGCGCACGCCGCCGCGACGUCCGCGCGGGGCGCGGGACCCACCGUCGUCGUCGAGGUGUGGACCGCGGACGCGUCGGUCGACUACGCGGACGACACAGCUGUGUCAUCGUCGGCGGAUGUCGCUCGCGGUUUAUUCUCGCGGCUCAUGGGCGACUUCGCCGGGUCGGAUCCUGGUAAGAUGCGGGGUCUGUGCGCGGUGCACCUCGCGGACUUGGGACGUGAGCUGGAGCGGUGGAGGCUCGCGGACGAGGGACGGAACGGGUCACCGGGAAGCGCGUACGAGGGCACCGGGUACGUCGAUCAAAGUUUCGUGUUGAACAAGGUGUUCGAGGUGAGGAACCCGAUCACGGGAGCCACGGGGGGGUACGUCGGCGUGGAGGGGAGGGUGGUGUGGGGCGAGGACGCGCAGGCCAGGCGCCAGCGGUAA